GACCGAGCAUUUUUUGUGUUAGUAGUGACGGAGCCGUGGGUCUCCUCCGUCAAAGAGGUUGACUGCCGAAGAAGUAGAAGUCAAAGAGUGCGUCAGGAUGGUGUGCACCACGCGACACGAUAGAACCGUGUUCGAUUGAAAAUCGUCGUCCGAGGAAAAGAAUCGUCGAGGAAAAGAAUCUUCCUUCUCUUUUCUCUCUUUCUUUCUUUCUUUCUUUCUUUCUCUCUUCUUCUUUUUUCGUUCAUUCCUCCUUUAUCUUAUAUCCUCCGGUGUGUCGUCGACAAGAGGAGGGGGAGGGGAAGAAGAGGAAGAAGAACACGAAGGAAGCAAGAAUUUGUUCUAUUUUUUUUUUUUGUGCGUAUACACAGUGCACGGAUGCAACUAUGCUACGAGGAAAGACGACAAUCUCUCUGCUCUGCGUCCUGUUGCUGAUCGGACGCGAAGCUCGCGCGGUGGUGAACAAAGCGCAAUUCCAGACGGUGGCCAAGAACGAGGAAGAGAAGCGGAACGAGAUCAAGGCCGACGACAGGAUAAGCAACUCGUACGGUCCACCUUCGGACGAUUACGGGCCCCCUCUCGGCUCGAGCGCGAAAGGGCCCGCGCCGGUCUACGGCCCCCCGGAGCUGGUAGGCGACCACGGACCAACGCCUGUAUAUCCACCGCCGCCACCGGACGUUCCUCCGCCUCCUGCUGCCUACGGGCCGCCCUUGUCCUCGUACGGACCACCGCGCAACGUCAAGCCGCCGAAACAAACUUUCGCGCCCCCCCUCUCCCCCUUGCCCGCCAAGCUGGCCUUCGCCUCGCUCAAACUUCACCACCACGGCCCGCCCAAGCAGCAGUACGGCCCACCCUAUUCCCCCUUCCCUCCCUCCUUCAGGCCCCCCAAACCCCACUACGGCCCACCCUUCAAAUUCGCCACCUCCCUUCCCAACACCCACUACGUACCCGUGGGAUCGAAACCCGGCUCUCACGGGCCCGCCAUCCCUCUGUCGUUCGACACGUACGAGGUGCUCCCCCAAAAAGUGGCGGUCCAGUUCGUCCCCCAGUCGACCAACCACGACCACGGACCUCCGCCGCUCGCCGCUGCCGAUCUCUACGGACCGCCGCCCCCACCCGUCGUCGUCCCGCCACCCGGAGUCCCGGCGCCGCCGACGCCCCCCGACAUCAAGUACGACGGUUGGCAACCGAUCGCGGGCUCGUCGUCGGAUCACCGACAGGCCGGGAACGGCGUGCAGGCGUACGGAGCACCGACGAUCGACGAGCACAAGGGUUUGGAGGGGCUGUCGUCGGCGCACGUUCAACCGUCGACGAGCAACGGGAUCGAGAACGGGCAGAACGUGCCCAGCGACUCUUACGGCGUGCCGAUCCACAGCCCGGAGGCGCAGGACUUGAAGACCUCGGUCAAGUCCGGGUCGAGCAGCAACAAGGGCCUGCCGCCCCCGCCGUUGCCCGAGUACGAGCCGUUCCACAACGAGAGGCCGCCUCACGCGAGCGGCGCGCAGCAAGGUCAGCCGAACCCGCGCUACGAAGCGCCCGCGAACGCGGACCCCCUCUCCCUCCCGAAAACGGUCGGCUUCGAGUUGUUGCCCACCGUCCCGUCCCUUGCCGCCGACCCUCUCGCCGGACCUGCCUCGUUCCCCGUUUUAAAACUCCCGCUCCUCGAUCCCGCCCUCCACCCCACCGCACCGGGGGGCGACGCCCCCCGCUCCUUCCACAAUCCGGCCAACGAUUUGUCCCAGCUGUCGGUCAACGCUUUGUCCAAUAACUACGGCCCUCCACCACCCCUCCCGCUCCCCUCCCACCAACCCUUCGCCAAGUUGAACUCCAUCGAAUCUGGAAUACCUCUGCCGCCGCCCCCCUCGCUCUUCGACUCCUACGGCUCGCCGCCACCUUCCUCCUAUUCGCCCAACGGCCCCUACCCCUCGCCUCCUUCCUCCUUCUCCUCCUUCGGCCUCCACUCGUCCACCCUCUACAAGCAGCCCUUGCACCACCACCGCCCCCCGCCCCCCAGACACCCACUCUCGCCCCCGGCCUCCCUCAUUCCGCCCAGGAACCGGGAACCCGUCAAGUUCAAGGAAUUUCCGCCGAUCCCAACCGGGUUGCUCACCAACCUGAACCGAUAUUUCCCGCCGCCGCCGAGGCACGAGCAGGCCAAAUCUGCGGCGCACCUCCCCCCGGCCGCCCUGUCGUCCGCGGCGUUCGUCGAGCAGCAACAGCUGCCCUCCCUCCACGCCCCGCUCGCCUUCAACAAAGCCCUGCCCCCCGCCCUCCACGACCCGCCGAUAGCCGCCCCGCACGCCCGAUACGGGACGCCGCUGUCCUUCGGCGGCUUCAACACCCCGGCGCCUGUGCUCACGUACGGCGCGCCCAACUUCGGCCCCGCGUCCUCCUUCGUCUCCACCUCGACCGGCUUCGGCAACAAUUUGUACGACGGCGUCACGGCCGCGUACGGCACGCCGGUGGUGAGUCUGCCCUUGUCCACGGGCCACGACUGCGGCUUCCAGCGGUACGCGGGCCUCGAGGACGGGGCGACCACGGCCGCGUUCAACGAGGCCGCGGCCGCCGCCGCCGCCGUCUUCGCCUCGCCGCCCGCGCUCGACCGCGAGCCCCCGUCCGUCGCCCAGCUCGCCCUUCGCGACUACCACCAGCCCAGGGCCGACCUGAGGGACAGCUACGGCGCCUCGAUAGGCGCGAGCUACGCGAACGCGGACAGCGCGCUGUCCGGCAGCCACUCGGUCGAGCUCGCCGACUCGCUUCUCUCGCCGCCACCCUCGCCCGCGCCCUCCACCGCCGCCCCUCCCCUCGACGAGGCAGGAGGGGCGAGAGCGAGGGAGGAGGCGAGGAACGAGGUGGACCAGUUCCUCAACACCCAGGAGGGAAGCGAGGCCCUCUCCCUGGCUGCCAAGGGCCUGGCCAUCAACGGGGGGGACGGUUUCGAGGUGCAGGGCUCGAAGGGGACGUACACGUUGCAGAUCCAGGCCGCGGACGGGGGAUUCGGGACCGAGAACUCGGACGGGAGCGUGAGGCACGAUCAGGUGCUGUCCAACGGCCUCCUCCAGGAUAUCCUCGCGGCUAUCGAGCAGCCGGAUCAGGGGCAGGUGCUGCGGGUGCAAGGUCGGCCGGAGGCGCAGCAGCUGCAGCGCGUGUACGGCGACGACGCGGCGGUCGAGCGGGCCGGCGAGAGGGAAGAUUCGAAACUCGAGGGGGAGACUCGGGGCGACAGGAGCGGACAGAUUGAAGCGGCGGGCGAGUCCGCGAGGAAGGAGGCCGUCGCUCUUUUCUUCGACAAUCGGUACGGCGAGGGGGCGAGGAAGGAGAUAAGGUCGGUCCCUCCAUCGUCCCUCCAUCGCGAUCGGAACGAAACCGAGUCUUCCUAAAUCUUCUUCCCCUCUCGUUUCGUAUGAUUUUAGUAGGUUCGUUAGUAAUUUAAUUUAAUUCGAUUCAACCAAGUUCGAGACUCGUUUCCUUACGGGGGAGAGUAAUCACGAUGCGAAGUCGUUGUUCGGACGGACCUCGUUCGAAUUCCACUCGGAAUAUUUGAUACACUCGCGGGUGAAAGGAGAAGACGAAUUGGAAAAAUCUUGGACGAGAACGUUUGCCAGGUGUCUCCUUCCCUCUGUAUUUCUGUUCGCGCGGAAGAAGAAGAAGAAGAAGACAGAUCUUAUCCGCCUUCGAGUUUAAUCGGGGCGCAAGACGAGGGCCGAGAAAAGUCCUCGAGCGUUUCGAUUCUCGCGCGCAUGUAUCGGGCGAUUUCGUGGAUUUCGAAAGAACUCUCCCGUUGAGUUGACCGACGACACGGCGCGUUUCGCAACGACGUUUCGUUUUUUCUUUCGACCGCGAAUCGUCCGAGGUCAACAAGAAGAAAAGAAGAGAAAACAAAAGGAAGGAAGAAAGACCGAGGAGGGCCGAGCAACUUUCAUCGUCGAGAGGAGCGCGCGCUUCUUCCACGUCUUUAACCUUCACCGAGGUGAAAGUUCAGAGAAGCUGGUCGAACCGCUUCGCGAUAACCGUUUCACUGCGCCCGAUACACACAGGUUUUGCAUACCUUUGCGACGAUUACAGAGAGACACGCGUAUAUCUAGUCCGUUGUUUCGCGAUGAGACACGCCGGGGGAUGAUGAGUUUUUUUCCCUUUCCUUUCUUUUCCAGUAAAUGUAGAGCCAUCGUUACUCGGCUCACCGUGUUACGAGAUACUUUUAGCGAUUAAUAGUAGUAGGCUCGCGUUAAUUCUUAGGUAGAUUUUGAUACAAACAGUUUCAGUUUACGCUCUCAAGUAGAACUUUUCACCUCAGAAUUCGUUCUUCUAGGCGACCGCCUCGAAAUAGCCUCGUUCGUAGUAUAGAGCAUUGGAAAGCGUUUUCGUUCCUCUUUCGCGGAAAUAAUAGCAAGAGAUAUAUUUAUGUUCGAUCGACAGGUUUAAUUUAAAUUGGUUGGCAAAUACGAAAAGGCUUUCCAAUCGGGGAAUCGCGCAUGAUACAAGUAUCCAAAGAUACGCAGAGAGUAAAAUCCAGCCGACGUUGAUAAGCAACGCACAAGCACGCAGAGAUAAUACAGUGUAAUAAUUGCUCUAUACGUACAUAGGUAAUAAAACGUUGAUGCGUUCGCAUGUGCGCUCAUCGACGCGAGUUUAAAACCCGGCUGCGUAUACGUUAUUCCGUAUUUCGGAGUAAUCUUGAACUCCUCUUCCACUUUUAUAGCGCUAGCCUGGCAAAUGGUUAUGCAUAACUUGGUGUAUUGCAGAUACGUAAAAUAAGUAGAGCGUAUAUAAGCUUAAGAGAGAUGCUCAUUGUUAAGAAAUACGCAGUGACGAUGCUGCCAAGCCAUAAAACACGUCAACUCACCCCCUCUAACUUCUCUAUCCAUCCCCUUCCUCUUCUUCCUUCUCUCCUUCCUUCCUCCCUCCCUCCCUCCGCCUCAUUCUUCUUUUUUAAAUGGAUUAAUUUAUUAUUUUACGUGUAGGUCUCGUGCAUACGAGCGAUCGAUGUUUAUUAUUCGUCGAGCAUAAUGCGUGUACGACCGCACUCCUUUUUAUAUGUUUGCGUUAAGUAAUGUAAAUAUACGAUCUACUAUUUGUAAA